CCAAAACGCACGCUGGCGAAUGUCUCGUGAGUUUAUUUAAAGUGAAAUGCAGUUGUGUGUUUACCUGUUGUUUUUUUAUUUAAAGCGAGGCAGGUGCUCAGUUUACCCCCCCCCUCGCUCGCUCGCUCUCUCGCUCUCUCAUUUCAUAGAGAAGGAACAACAAUCCCUGCCAGGGCACGUCUGCGCGGUGACAGCCCCGCCCACUACUAGUCCUGUGGUUUUGCACCUGCCUCGCCACCCCUGCCACUUUGAGCGCAAAAGCCCUCCAGGAGCUCCUUCUACCUUCAUUCCGCACCCAACCACUGAAUCAUCUCCCGUCGGACUCUACGCAGCACGCCGCGAACAGGUACGCACCACGAGGGCUCUGUGAACACCACCCGCAGCCCCCUCCUCACCCCACCCAGCUGAUGAAGACGCAGCGGUAGAACAAGAAAAGAAGAAACCCAAAGGAGAGACGGGGAAUCGGUAGCCGGCGGCAGUUGCGAGGUUUUUAUCCUGACGGGAGAGAAACACGCGUGUCACGCAGGUGGGACGGCAUUCAAUAAGUGACAGUGGCAGCCAGGUAGUCCGCCACGCAAGAGCUCUCCCUCCGGACCUCCGCGCUCAACUUUAUCCGCCGAGCUUUGCCGCGAUGGCCGCCGCUGUCCUGGGGGAAGUUGGCGGGGUCUUGCACGGCAUCGACGGUGUCGCGCAGGUGGGGUCGCAUUUCAUCCUGACGCCACUCAGGGACAGACCGACGCUUCUCGGGGAGCACUUCCUACCUGGGGACAGACUCUCCCGGAGCACCGCCGCGGAUUUAACCCACCUCAAGGGGAUCCUCAGGAGGAGACAGUUGUACUGCAGAACUGGGUUUCAUCUGGAAAUACUUCCGGACGGCACAGUGCAAGGGACGAGGAAGGACCACAGUCGUUCUGGUAUUUUGGAAUUCAUAAGCCUUGCUGUAGGAUUGAUAAGCAUUAGAGGUGUGGACAGUGGACUCUAUCUGGGGAUGAACGACAAAGGGGAGCUGUAUGGCUCUGAGAAACUCUCAGCUGAGUGUGUUUUCAAGGAGCAGUUUGAGGAGAACUGGUACAACACAUACUCCUCAAACCUCUACAAACACGGAGACAAAGGGACACGUUUUUUCGUGGCGUUAAACAAAGACGGGACACCAAGGGAUGGGACUAAAUCCAGGCGGCACCAGAAAUUUACACACUUCUUGCCCAGGCCUGUGGACCCUGACCGUGUGCCAGAGCUGUACAGAGAUAUCCUGGGACACAGCUGAGAUCUGGAGACCCGGUCCAGUUCAGGAAUAGCUGCUUUAGGCCCUCACAGGCAGGGAGCAGAGAAGAGACGAGGGACGCGGGCAGGAACCUGGCCCGUGCAGGCUGGUGGAUAGCGUGCCCGACCUGCAGGGAUCAAGGCACCGGGGCCUCUUGUAGGAAUGCACGGGCCAUCUCUCAGCAGCCCGGCAGACGGGCUAGAAUGUCUGCACGCUCGACGUGAGGGGGCUGUUUCUGUCAGACGACACUAAAAAGUACCUGCGUGGAAUAGGAGAGGAAUGGGAAACGCAGCCCAGCGAGCAGCUCCUCUGGUCAGAUGGGGAUAUUGGCCAUGGGAAUCUUUACUGCUGUACUCAAAUGGUACUUUUAAUUUGGGUAUUGUGUCAAAAAGCGGCAGUUUGUUCAGCAGGACUUUGAAGGAAUUCAGUUGUUGGGGUUUUCUUACCUGUGUCCAGACCUGUUUGAAAAGAUGUAACAAUUUAUUUAUUCAUUUUAGAUACAUAUACAUAUAUUUAUGUUUUAUAUUUAUUUAUAGAGAAUAUAUUUUUACAGUUAAAUACAUCCAGUAUAUAGAAACACCACUAGAAACUGUAUCAAUUAUAUAAAGGCUGAGACACUGUACCUUUAUGUCUUUUACUUUUAAAAAAAGGUCGGCUAGAGAUCAACUGUAAUGCGACCCAAAAAUCUAACAUACUGGCAACAUUUGAAAAUAUUUGAAAACAAUGCAUUUUAUCCAAAUAUAGCAACUGUGAAUUCAUUUUUAAAGAGUCUUUGUUAUAAUGGCCCAUUAGUUUGCACCAAACUACUGUCACUUGUGUUACAGGAGGAAUCUGAAGGCAACAAACUGACAACACAAACAAUAAAUUGCUCAAAAUGUAA